UAACUACAGAAGAAGAAGAAAAUUUGAAUUAAAUGAAGGGGUCUCUUAGCCGAAGCGCAAGAGUACCAUGACCCCAUAGAUACGCAACAAAAUCUGGCAGCUUUUCCACUACCACUUAAAUUCUAAGUGGAUAAUCAUCUGCGUGGGCGGUUACGUGUAACAUUGGAUUUGGCUCAAGGACAACAAGAGUUGCGGAAUCAUCACAACUACCUUUUAAAUUCCUCCAUCAACUAAGUUUUUGCUCUGGGUUUUAAUUUUUAGUGUUUUUUGGCUUCUGCAAUAAGGAUCCUCAAAAAUGGCAACUCGAAUGGCGUCGUUUGUGAGCGUACCUGCAGAUUCACAUUUUUCAUUGCAAAAUUUGCCAUAUGGAGUGUUCAAGCCAACUGCUAACCAGCAGGUAAGGCCGGGAGUGGCCAUCGGUGAGCAUGUGUUGGACCUCAGCGUCAUUGCCCAAGCAGGUCUUUUUAACGGCCCUCUGCUUAAACAAUCGGACUGUUUUUUGCAGACAUCUUUGAAUUCUUUCAUGGCAAUGGGAAGACCAGCAUGGAAGGAGGCAAGGGCAACAAUUCAGAAACUUUUGUCCAUAGAUGAGCCAACAUUGCGAGAUAAUGUUGAAUUACAAAAAAAUGCAUUGUUCCCCAUGAGUCAGGUACAGAUGGUUCUUCCUUGCGUUAUAGGGGACUAUACAGACUUUUUUGCCUCCUUGCAUCAUACAAAGAACUGUGGCAUUAUUUUUCGUGGUCCAGAAAAUCCAAUUCUCCCAAACUGGUUCCAUCUUCCUGUUGCCUAUCAUGGAAGAGCUUCUUCUAUUGUUAUAUCUGGAACAGAUAUUAUCAGACCCAGAGGACAAAAGCGCCCAGUUGGUAAUUCUCCACCAGGUUUUGGGCCAAGUGUAAAACUUGAUUUUGAGCUUGAAAUGGCUAUGCUAGUUGGUCCGGGAAAUGAGCUGGGUACAUCUGUGAACAUUGAUGAUGCAGCUGAUCAUAUCUUCGGAUUGGUUUUAAUGAAUGAUUGGAGUGCCAGAGACAUACAAGCAUGGGAAGCUCAACCUCUUGGACCUUUUUUAGGAAAGAGCUUUGGAACAAGCAUCUCACCUUGGAUUGUAACUCUGGAGGCAUUAGAACCAUUUGCCUGUGAAGCUCCAUCCCAGGAUCCACCCCCAUCAGCCUAUCUAAGUGGAAAAAACUGCCAAAGCUAUGAUAUCCCCUUGGAGGUUGCCAUAAGACCAGCAGGAGAGGAAAAAGCUUCAGUUGUAUGUAGAAGCAAUGCAAAACACUUAUAUUGGACAAUUGAACAACAACUGACACACCAUACAAUCAAUGGUUGCAAUUUGAGACCUGGUGAUCUGCUAGGAUCUGGAACCAUAAGUGGACCAGAACCUGAAAGUUUUGGCUCUCUAUUAGAGCUAUCAUGGGAUGGCAAGAAGCAAGUGAAGCUCGAAAAUGACAUAUCUCGAACAUUUAUUCAGGAUGGUGAUGAGGUCAUUCUAUCUGCAUGUUGUCAGGGAGAGGGGUAUAAGGUGGGAUUUGGUGCAUGCUCUGGAAAAAUUCUUCCGUCAAUUUCUUGAUUAGUGAAGAAUUUGACUAUGACAAUUAUCGUUAGAAAAAAAAGCAGAUUGUAUAAGAAAUGUCUACUUUUGCACUUUGUUUUGAUGGUUCAUGUAUAAUUGACCGUCAUUCUGCUGCUUAGUAGUAUCCUCUUCCUUUGAAUUCCAGUUGCUUCAGUGCCCUUGUCAUAAAGUUGCAGUUAUUAUCAAGGUCGUCCAUGAGUUUGCUCCCUUAGAGCGACAAUUAGUUUGUUGAACAUUCAAUUCUGAUCCAUCACUGACCUUCCUCGUGAUAGGAUGCAUUAUCACUGUUGAUUUUUUAUUUCAAAGCAAAUACUUCCAUAUUUGAAUGCCAACAUAAAUCUUUUGCAAUA